AUGAGGAGGAGAGUCGGAGGCCAGAUUCAUCCCGAUGACACAUCUACAACGCACAUGAAUAUGCAGGAUCGGUUUGCCUCUUCUUGGGAAUCCCCAACAUCAACAGCAUCAAUUAAAACGUCACCCCUUCGAGCACUCAACCAAAGCCCAGUGCAAUCACAUUCCAGAAGACCUCUCCACGAAGCGAGAACACCUAUAAUCCCACUGCAGCGGCACAGUCAUAACGUAUUAUCUAUGGCCAUGAGUGUCGGAACGCUGACAUUGAGAACGAUAGCAGACGACAACGUGUCACAUCUCCGCAUACUCAACGAGGCCAUUAUACCUGUAAAGUACACUGAUCAGUUCUAUAAUGAUAUCGUCAAAACACAUUCGGACGAACUUAGUUGUAUUGCUUAUGCUGGUAACGAUUGCAUUGGAUCCAUUUCAUGCCGAAAGGAGGUAUUCUCCUCGGAUUGUCAACCACCUGACUAUGAUAACUCAUCCUGUCGAGUAUAUAUCAUGACUCUAUGUGUGCUGGAACCAUAUAGGAGACUUCAUAUAGGCUCAUUAAUGCUAAACCACAUCAUUUCAAACCUGGAAUAUGAUGUGUCUGUAGACCAUGUCUGUCUCCACGUGCAGACCUCUAAUGAAAGUGCCCUGCGCUUCUAUUUACGGAAUGAUUUUUAUAUCGAAAGUCGAGUAGACGGAUACUAUGCUCAAAAUCCAGGCGUGGAGCCUCCAGAUGCCUUCUUUGUCAGAAGGAAUAUGAAACGGAUGCGUUAUACUACUGCUAGAGCUGCUGAGCACGGACUGUAA